CUUCUUCCCGAUGAAUGUGAUGGCAGAGUGUGAGGCUGAAGUUGAACUACCUCAGAGGCAUCUGGGCGUCAAGGAACAGCCAAAUGGAGAGCUGGCAGACUCAGAGCUGUCUGUGGAUGAGAGGGAACACAGGGACAGUGAGGAGCAUGGCAAUCUGGUAUUAUGGAAGAAACCUCUGCUCACACUCCACUUCUUCACUCUGGAACUGCUCAUCACUCUUAAGGAGUGGCUUUGGAGGCUCUGGCAGCAAAGACAGACAGUGUUUGGCCUGCUGAUCCUGCUUAUCCUCCUCUCCAUUGCCUACUGUAUUGAAGGAACACACCAGAAGUAUGUGCGCUACAUGGAGAAGAAGACGCUGUGGUGCGCCUACUGGGUCGGCCUGGGCAUCCUCUCCUCGGUGGGUCUUGGCACUGGCCUGCACACCUUCCUCCUUUACCUGGGACCACACAUAGCAUCAGUGACCUUGGCAGCCUAUGAAUGUGGCUCAGUGGAUUUCCCCGAACCUCCCUAUCCAGACCAAAUAGUCUGUCCCCAGCAGAGCGCACCAGCAACAAGCUCUGAUGCAGAGCAGGUGGGCGUGGAGGCCGCAGGGGCGGAUGGGUUGGUGAAGUCAGCUGUCAUCCAGGGAAGCAUCUCUCUGUGGACCAUCAUGUCCAAAGUCCGCCUGGAAGCUUGCAUGUGGGGCGCAGGCACAGCCAUAGGAGAACUUCCUCCUUACUUCAUGGCCCGAGCGGCACGUCUGUCCGGCACCAACCCCGACGACGAGGACUACCAGAGGUUCGAGGAGAUUCUGGACCAGGGCGAGUCCGCACAGGACUUUGCCACCCGGGCAAAAGUAGCCGUGCAGAAACUCAUCCACAGGGUUGGAUUCUUUGGGAUUUUAGCCUGCGCUUCUAUUCCAAAUCCCUUGUUUGACCUGGCAGGAAUAACAUGCGGACAUUUUUUGGUUCCCUUCUGGACUUUUUUUGGUGCAACACUCAUUGGGAAAGCAGUCAUCAAAAUGCACAUUCAGAAACUGUUUGUGAUCGUCACCUUCAGCAGGCACAUAGUGGAACAGAUGGUCUCCCUCAUCGGAGCUGUUCCACUGCUGGGUGCGGCACUGCAGAAGCCCUUCAGGGAGUACUUGGAGGCCCAGAGGGCCAAGCUGCACCAUCACGCCGGAGAGGGGAUCCCGACUGAGGAGAGCUGGCUGUCGUGGCUCUUUGAGAAGGUUGUGGUCAUCAUGGUAUGCUUCUUUGUCUGCUCCAUUGUCAACUCCAUGGCCCAGAGCUACGGCAAGCGCAAGCAGCAGGAGAAGAGCAAAACGGAGUGAAGGCCAACUUCAGAAGCUCCUUCGCUCAUCUCAGCUGUCCCUCCCGGCUCAUUAUCCGAAGCAAAAUAUCAGCUUUCUCUCCUGUUAAUUGUGUGUUUACGUUGAACUGGGACUUCCAUUUACUUGCUUUUUCUGAAGGCUUUCGCAUUUGGUAGUGAUUUCUGCAAUUGUGCUUUGUGAGGUAGGUGCUUGUUGGAGUGCGUGUGAGCUUGUUGUGUUGUUUCGUGUUGGUGCUUUUAGCAGCUCCACGUGAGAAGAAGCUGCUGGCAAUAGUUCUCCUUAGUGAGGCCUUAAGCUGCACUGUCAAAGGACCUUAAAGUAUUACAUGUCCGUAGAGUCACUUCAAUUGAAUAAGCUAGUUAAUUUUGAAGUUACUUGCUCAAUAACCUGAUUAUUUAUUAUCUCUAUUAGCUGGUUUAUUAAUAAGAUUGUAUUUAUUACUGAACUGUUGAGUUCUGUGUAGUGUCGGCUGUGGUUAGGUAAGACUGUAAAUGACUGUUUGCUCCUUAUUUCUACAUUAUAGAGCUCUAAGUCAGUUGUUGUAGAGAUGUUAAUGAGUGUGCUGUGAGAUGACCACUUCUUUUGUGCGCACAGUAAAGCUCGUCAAGGUACUUUUGGAUGAGAAAUGAUAAAUCGGCCAUGAAUCACCCCUGCUGGUCCCUUUGUCUGCCCGUAUUGUUCUGCUUCCAGGAAGAGAGCACAUGAGUCAGCCCGGGGCUACUUUACCAGAUGCAGCCAUAUAUUGAAUCAGAUCUCUGUGUGUGUGUGUGUGUGUGUGUGUGUGUGUGUGUGUGUGUGUGUGUGUGUGUGUGUGUGAGACGGAGAGGGAUAGUAGGUUGCGUGGCUGCCACAUUUGUUGCUCUCCCUUUUUAUCUUUUAUGGAUUAAAGCCACUAAUAGACUCGCCUGGGAGUCUCAGUGAAGCAGGUAGUAGCCUUAACUUCUC